AUGGAGAGCGUUCCACUGCUGGCGUACAGGCCGGGGAAGAAGCGAGCAUUGGCGAGGGAAGCGGCGGAGGAGUCCAAGAAGCUGUGGGGGAUCGUCGGCCCUGCCAUGUUCAUGCGGCUGGUGCUCUACAGCUUUGACAUCGUCAGCCAGGCCUUCGCUGGCCGCAUCGGCGACCUCGAGCUCGCCGCCUUCUCCAUCGCCAGCACCGUCGUCUCCGGACUUACGUUCGGCUUGCUGCUCGGAAUGGCGAGUGCUCUGGAAACGCUGGCCGGCCAGGCCUUCGGCGCCAAGCAGUACGCCAUGCUCGGCAUCUACCUGCAGCGCUCAUGGAUCGUGCUCCUGCUCUCCGCCGUGCUCCUCGUCCCGAUGUACGUCUUCGCGGCGCCGCUGCUGGCCGCGAUGGGCCAGCCGGCCGAGGUGGCGCGCCUGGCGGCCCAGCUCGGCGUGUGCAUGCUCCCGAUGCACUUCGGGUUCGCCCUCCUCCUGCCCAUCAACAAGUUCCUGCAGAGCCAGGGCAAGAACUGGGUCAUGGCGGCCACGGCGCUGGCGUCCUUCCCCGUGCACGUCGCCGCCACCUGGCUGCUGGUGGUCCGGUUCCGGUUCGGGGUGCUCGGCGCCGCCAUGGCUCUCAACGUCUCCUGGGGGCUCAGCUUGGUGGUGCAGCUCGCCUACGUCCUCGGCGGCGGGUGCCCCUUGACGUGGACAGGGUUCUCGCCAUUGGCGUUCGCUGACCUCUGCGGGUUUAUCAAGCUGUCCCUAUCAUCUGGUGUCAUGGUAUGCUUGGAGAAUUCAUACUACAAAGUACUGCUUCUGCUCACAGGACACCUGAAGAAUUCUCAGCUUGCUGUGGAUGCCCUUUCUAUCUGCAUGAGUUUUCAGGGAUGGGAGAUGAUGAUUCCUAUGGCCUUCUUAGCAGGCACUGGGGUGAGAGUUUCUAAUGAGCUUGGCGCGGGCAACGGAAAAGGAGCGCGGUUCGCGACGAUCGUGUCGACGACGAACUCCUUUCUGAUCGGCCUCUUCUUUAGCUUGCUUGCACUUGCCUUCCACGACAAGAUCGCACUCGUCGUUUCAUCAAGCAAAGCUGUGAUCGACGCGGUGGACAACCUCUCCGUUCUGCUAGCCAUCAGCAUCCUCCUAAAUGGCGUCCAACCUGUACUUUCAGGAGUUGCUGUCGGAUCAGGGUGGCAAGCACUAGCGGCUUAUAUAAACGUUGGAAGCUAUUACAUCAUUGGAGUUCCUGUUGGACUUCUGCUCAGUUGGCUCUUCAAUCUGGGAGUUCUUGGGAUUUGGGCAGGGAUGAUCGGUGGCACUGCAGUUCAGACAAUAAUUCUUGCGUAUAUUACCGUGCGAUGCGAUUGGGACGAGGAGGCUUCUAAAGCAAGUAAACACAUCCAAAGAUGGGCAGGCUCGAAAUGA